CAUGUACGUCAGCAAUUGUGUCGCCUUUGUGUGUCUAUAUAAAUCUAAAAUUAUAUAUACCUUCAGACGACAGAUAACGCUAACAGUUGUGUGAUCGAACCGGACGCUUAAUUCCAAACAGAAUGUUUAUGUAUUUAGUGAUGUUUCUAUUAUUCUGGAUAUUUCUUCCCAAUGAAACACGGGCUGAUGUUACACGAGAUGUUCCCAUACAAUCGAUUCAAAGACAAAAUGCCAAUCCUGGAUUUGAAAUUGAAUUGAGCAGACGAUUGAAGAAUUUGAAAGAUUUACGCGCCAAAGAUGCAUUACGUGUCAAUCAACUUGUGAUCCGGAUAGCGGAACUAGAAGAUCAACGCAUGACGGACCACCUUGUGAUGAUCAGCAGAGUUUCUAAACUGGAAAAACAUCAUGCAAAGGACAUAGUAAAAAUCACAGAGAAAAUGGAAAACCUUGUAGCCCUUCAGGCAAAAGAUGUUCGCGAACUGUCCAAUCGACUAGCAGAAACAGAAAAUAUGCUGAAAACAGAUCAACUGAGACUGACGCAGUGUGUCCUUGAAUUGAAAACAAUGAAUGAACGGGUUAAUCUAUUCAAAACGCCCGAUGUGAAUGUUCAACAAUCGAAUCUGACAAUCGAAUCAAGAGCCACUUCUAAUACGCCUGAUGAAAACGAGGCAACAUUGUCAUCGUUGGAAGAGAAGACAGCGGAUAUGACGUUUUUAAAAAUUCCCCGUAGUUCUCCGAACAUUUCUGUGGAUCAAGCAGGCCGCUCUGUAGUCUUUAGUGUCACUCUUCAAGACGUUAUGUCCGAUCCUGGUGUUGGCCAGACUGUGAUAUUUAACAGCCAUAUUACGAACGUUGGUGCCAAGUACAGCUUUGAAACCGGGAUAUUUACAUGCACAAAACCCGGUAUAUAUAUCUUCUCCUGGUCGGUAGAAGUCGCAAAUCCUAAUUUUCUUAGCACAGAUUUGAUGCGAAAUGGCGUGACCAUCGCCGAAACUACCGCCAAAGGAAGCGACGACUGGGGAGUUGGGUCAACCCUGGUGGCCAUAGAACUGACCGUUGGUGAUGAGGUGUGGGUUCGCGUCGAUGGUCAUUCCCCCGGAGCAGACAUCCAGAGGUGGGGAACUAGUUUCACUGGAUUUUUACUUUAUCCAUCGUAGACAUCAACUACACUUGAAGUGUAUUACGGGAACGUCUUGCUUGUGAGUUAUUGUGAGGUAACAGGAAUAAGUCUGAACGCUUACGAUUACAAACAUCACCAGCUUGUUUUUCGCUCGUGAAAAUGUUGGCGUGGUGACUUUUUAACCUGGUCGUGAUGUGUUUAUGUUCGUGUAGUGACUUUUUAACCAGGUCGUGAUAUGGAAAUGUUCGUGUAGUGACUUUUUAACCAGGUCGUGAUGUGGAAAUGUUCGUGUAGUGACUUUUUAACCAGGUCGUGAUGUGGAAAUGUUCGUGUAGUGACUUUUUAACCUGGUCGUGAUGUGGAAAUGUUCGUGUAGUGACUUUUUAAC